AUGGAGGAUCGCAGCGGGCAAGUUCUGGCCGUCGCGGUCCUCUUCUUCGUGCUAUGUUGGACCGUCGUUGCCGCGCGCGUGUAUUGCCGUGCAUGGAUCAUUCGCUCCUUUGGCAUGGACGACAAGUUCAUGAUCGCUCUUAUGCUCAUAUUCACCGUCUACCUCAUAUUCCAGAUACAAGGCGUUCAGAAUGGUACCGGACGACACAGAGCUGACCUCGAACCGGAGCAUUACCGGGAAGCCCUAAUGCAGUAUUGGUACAUCUGCGAGCUUCUUUAUAUAGUUUCUACGUGUCUCCUCAAGAUCUCCGUCGGAUUCUUCCUCCUGCGCGUCUCCGUCCGACGCUCUCACAUCUGGAUUCUUCGCCUCCUUAUGCUCGGGACCGCCCUCUUUGGCACGACCUACUUCUUCAUGGUCACCUUCCAGUGCGUUCCCGCCAAUACUUUCUGGGAGGAGUCCCCCCGCGUCGAAGGUAAAUGCUUCAGCGACCGCGUCGUCGUCAUCAUGACCUACACAGCCUCCAUCAUCAACUGCUUCGCAGACUGUUCUUUCGGCGUUCUACCCCUCUUCAUCGUCUGGUCUCUCUCGCUCCCCUUACGCACUCGUCUCCUUGCCUUUGGCAUCCUCUCCUUCGCCGCAAUCGGCUGUGCCGCCACCAUCGUUAGAGCCGUCUUCAUCCCGACUCUCCUCGAUGGCGAAGAUUUCCUCUGGGCAACUACUGACAUCGCCUUCUGGAGCACCGUCGAACCCGGUAUCGGCAUUACAGCCGCCUCGCUUGCCACCCUCCGUCCUCUUUGGGAAGUAAUGUGGUACCGCGCGGGCGUCAAGUCUCAUGCUCCCCGUGCCGUGGUUUGGCGCGAGCGAUUGAAUGGAAGACCGAGCUACGUUCGUAGCGAAGAGUCUGGCGGCCGCAAGUACAACGGUCGUUUUCGUCUCUCAGAUGAUGCCCCACUGGACGGCAUGGACCCUGACUUUCAAGCCGAUUUUGAAGCGGAGUUGCCUCGUAUCAAAGCCCCCGAGGAACCUGCCGCUUCAAGUGCGCCUUCACGUAGGAGCGGGCUCAGCAAAACAUUUGAUAUAGCAUACCCAAGGCCACGCGACGAAGAGGACGGGCAAGACCUUGUGACACCACGACAGGACGAGAACGGUGCCGAAUGGCUCGCCCCAGCACCGACGCGCAAUGGUGAUGAAGAGCGUGAACCUGACUUAGAAGAAGGCGUGAGCCUCGCACCACUAGCCUCUUCAGUUCCUCCCACUGUGAACUGGGUGUCUCCACGCAUGUCAGCUCUUUCAAUGGGAUUCGGCGGCAGCAAUGCCUCCAUAGCUAACCGCGAGUCGACAAUGUCCACGGCGACAUGGGGCUUCAAUAAUAUCAGGGGGAGCAGGGUGAGCGGUAUGACCAACGCUAAGAACAGGGAAAGUCGCAGCGAUCACCAAAGGGACAGUAGGAUGUCAACAGCGACGGCGAAGCAAAGCAAGGCCGACCGCUUCAGCCGCACUACCCGCACCAGCAGCUAUCAUAGCCGAUUUUUGGCACCACCCUCUUCCGGCGAUAUACCGAUCCCGAGUCCGCCUCCAGUAUGGCAGGUCAACGUGCCCGGGGGGAUGGAUUCCGCGCAGUGGCUUUCAUCAAAAAUGACGCGACAUCCUGGGAACCCGAGCUCGAAAUCAUGA